AUGUCUGAGUUGAAAGCAACUAAGGACGCGUUAAUCGCAUCCCUUUUUGAAUUAUCAAAAGCGGCUCAAGAGGCUGCCAAAAACGCGGUCGAUUUUUACAAAGUGGCCACUGGAGGUAAUGAGGAUGUUACAGCAGAACAAUUGCAAGGUAUUCAAGAGGCUAUGAAGGCGGCCGCUGAUUCGGCUGCUGGUGUCAAGCACGGUUUAGACGGUGCAGCCAAUGGUGAGAAGAAGAAAAGAAGGGUUGAAAAGGACCCAAAUGCACCAAAGAAGCCAUUGACCAUGUUUUUUGCUUUUAGUUUCCACUUGCGUAAAAUGAUUGCCGAGGAGAGAAAGAAGAAGGGAUUGCCUAACCUCGGUGCAAUUGAUUUGAAUCAAAGGGUCAAAGAACGUUGGGACAAUAUUACUGACGAAGAGAAAGCAAAAUGGAAGCACAAGUAUGAAGAGGAAAUGAAACUUUACAAUGCUGAGAAGGCCAAAUAUGAGCAGAGCUUAAAGGAUGGGUCCAACUACAAACGUCCAGAACAUCCAUAUGCUAGUGGAUACGAAGAGACUGAAACUCCUUUGGCUGAAGAGGUUGUUGAGGAGGAAGAGGUUGAUGUUCCAGCACCAAAUUUAUCCCAAGAAGAGUUGAAAAAGAAGAAAAAGAAGCAGGAAAAGAAGGAGAAGAAGAAGAAGUUGGCUGCUAGCUCCCCAUGA